UGGACACCUGGAUGUUAGGGAAACUGACCCUGGGAUAAGCAGAAUGAUGGCUGAUAUGAUUUGCAUCUGAAACAAAGACACUCUGUCCUGUACAUACUGCUGACUCUCUACUGAUUGUGUCCGCACGUUCCCACCACAGACAUGUAUAAGCUGGACUUACCCCUCGAUCCAAAAGAAGUUUCUGCAAUCGAGCGGAGGAGGAAUCAAGAGAAGCAGAGGCAAAGUCGUAUCUUCAAUGCUAAAUUCCGGACCAUCGGGGUUGACCUUCCCACGUUGGAAAGACAAGUCGAAGAGAAAAGAAUAGGAGAGAGGACUGAAAAAGCUCGGGAUGAGGCGUUUGAUGCAGACAGGGAGCAAUAUGAUAAAAUUGCCCUGUUGUUGGAACAAAAAGAGAAAGAGGAAAUCCGGAAGCUGGAGCAAACUCUACAGGAGUUCAGAAAGCAGCGCCAACAGCCUGAGAGCCGCAGGGAGUUUGACAUCUAUGACCCAGAAGCCCUGAAGAAGGAUCGACCAGCCCGUAUCAGCGAUGAUGACCCCAGAUGCGGACCAGCCAGCCUACAGAAAUUCGCCGGAGAAGAUCUGAGUGACAAGGAACGGCAGAAGAUGCAAGCGGAGUUGACGAAGAAAUGGUUGACCGAGCAGAAGGAGGAGAGACAGACGUCCGAACUGCAAAACAAGUAUGCAGAUCUAUUGUAUGGAAAGAAGAGCGUGGAGUUGGACGAAAGGGCCCAGCAUUUAAGCAUGAUGGAAGAAGAAUGCAAGAAAGCCAUAGACAUGGCCAUCACAAACUUCAACCAAGCCCUGACACUGGAAGCGUCAGAACGCAGGAAACUUCAGAAUCAACAAGAACAAGAAAAUAAUUUUAAAGAGAUCUAUAAUCAUAUGACUGGAGAUAUUCUGACGGAGAACCCUGCUGUAGCAGUCAGCGCCUUUGGUCCUCAUCGUGUGAUUCCAGAUCGGUGGAAGGGAAUGACCGCUGAACAGUUCAAAGCCAUCUGCGAAAAGCAGGAGCAGCAAAGGCUGGAAAAAAAGAGGUUGGCGGAGGAAGGCAGGCAGCGGGACGCAGAGUGGGAUAAGCAGAGAUUGCUGGUGGCCCAAGCGGGAAUGACCCUGGAGCAGCGGGAACAAGAACUCAACAGGGAGCUGAGGAAGAGGAUGGAUUCGUAUAACCAGCAGCUAAGCAGGGAGCAGCAGGCACAUUUGCAAUAUUUAGAAAAGGAAGUCUAUACCAACCGCCCGACCGCGCAUUACUACACUCAGUUCAACGCGACCAGCCGCUGAGACGUCUGUGUAUUCCUUUACUGUGGGCACAACUAUGGCCGUGGGACCCCGUUUCUGUGCAAAACAAAUAAAAUGACUUAAACUGA